AUGGAUUCGGAAAUACUGUAUGUAAAUGACAAUGCUUGCCCACACUGGAUUGUCCCUAUACCUGGCGACGGUUCGUGUUUAUUUCAUUCUUUGUCAUUCUCUAUGUAUGGGAAUAUUGAGUCGUCGUAUGAGAUUAGACUUGCUAUAAUCGAGUACGUGGUAGCGCAUGGGGAUGAGUUACAACUAUAUACUUGUGACGAGCGUGGAAACCCCUACAUUAAUACUGAUUUGUACAUGACGGCAAUGGUAAAAACAACCACCUAUGGUUCCACGUCUGAACUUAUGGCGGCCGCCGCUUUGUAUCCGUAUCCUUUCGAGGUUUACGAAAAUGGCAUUUUGAGAGGAUCAUUCGGUGGUGAUUCUGGUAAUCCGGUGAAACGUUUACGAUUUUCUGGAAAUUUCUUAGGUGGCCAUUAUGAAGUGCUCCUUCCAGAAGUGCCUCCAAAUGAUGAUAGUUCGAAUAAAAAUAAUAAAAGUUACUUAAAACGGGUGGAAGACCUAAAAAGGCUAAUAAAGGAAGACCUAAAACUUCGGCACUAUCCCGUUCUCAACAAAUCAAAGAAGCAGCGGCUCGUUAUCGUCAGAACAAACCCGAAAAACGUAAGGAGACAUUAA